AUGUCUGUGAUUAAGAAGCUCUCCAAGGCAAUUCACCAUUUGCCCAACGGCGACCGAAAAUCCGAGUGCGGAUCAUCACCCGUUGAUUCCCCCGUAAUCAGUCCUCCCAAUUCUCCGAAACCGUUCAGCUCGUUUAAUCCUCGCAAAUCCCUGACAGCUAUCUUCCACGACAAGGAAUAUGGAUCAAGCAGCGACGACUUCAGUGAUCUCGAGGCUGAUGAAGGAAAGAGCAAGAACGCACAAAAACGGGAAGCCAGGAAGCAACAGCGCGAGUCCCGGUCACGCCUUAGUUUGGAGAAGAAAGACUCAUCUGAAGAAAGAAUGAAGAAUAAGCUAGAAGAGGCAUCUAAGCACGAAACAGAAGAGAUGAAAAGUCGUUAUGGGGAUUUGCCAUUGAUACAGUCGACGGACAGGACUGGGGAGAACCGUAUCAAGUUUGCGAGCAUGACUUUGGACAUGGUAGGUCAAGAGAUCGUCUUUCGGGCAAGGCUCCACCACAUACGCCGCAUGGGAUUGAAGCUCGUCUUCUUCGUCUUCAGGCAACAAAUUCACACCAUGCAAGGCGUUUUGAACGAAAUCCCUGGAAUAUCGUCGGUAGUGAUGCUUCACUGGGCAGAACAUAUACAAAGAGGCUCAAUCGUAAGGAUCAAGGGUGUGCUACAGAAGCCUGAAGCCCCAGUCAAAUCAACCACCAUACAUGAUCUAGAAGUCAAAAUCACUGAAGUGAAGCUUAUCGUGCGAAGAGCUGAACCUGUACCAUUUUCCGUGCAGGAGGCAGAACUAGAGGUCCAUGAUGAGGAUUGUGUACAGGGCCGCAAGAGCAAAGUCUCAGAUCGGACGCGACUGUCAAACAGAAUCAUAGAUUUACGGACAAGCACCUCGCAGUCCAUCUUUAGAAUUCAGUCUGCAGUCGGGAACCUAUUUAGAAGCGCCUUGGACGAACAAGGUUUUAUUGAAAUCCACACUCCAAAACUCCAAGGUGCUGCGACAGAGUCAGGCGCAAGUGUUUUCAAGGUUGGAUACUUCGGACGCGAUGCAUUCCUUGCACAAUCACCUCAGUUGGCAAAGCAAAUGGCUGUGGCUUCCGAUUUUGAACGAGUAUACGAGAUCGGGGCUGUAUUCCGAGCCGAAAACUCCAACACACACCGACACCUUACGGAGUACACCGGACUCGACAUCGAGAUGGCAAUCGAAGAACACUACCACGAGGCUCUUGAGGUGCUGGAUGCAACGAUCAAGAACAUCUUUUCAGGCCUUUAUAGGCGAUACCGACGAGAAAUAGACAUUAUCAAAAACCAAUUUCCACACGAGGACCUUGUUUGGCUAGAGAAAACCCCUGUCAUCGCCUUUGCAGACGCUGUGCAGUUUCUCGCCGACUCGGGCUGGCUUGACGAAGACGGGAACCCGCCGAGUCCAGAAGAAGAUCUGAGCACAAGGGACGAAAUACGGCUGGGAGAACUCAUCAAGGAAAAGUACCAGACAGACUACUACAUCCUUGACCAAUUUCCAAGGUCGGCACGACCAUUCUACACAAUGCCAUCGCCGAGGGAUUCUCGGUACACCAAUUCCUUUGACAUCUUCGUCAGAGGUCAAGAAAUUGUUUCUGGUGGCCAGCGUAUCCAUGAACCUCGGAUGCUAGAGGACAGCAUGCACAAAGUUGGGAUAGAUCCAUCUGCAAUGGAAGAAUACAUGGAAGGUUUUAGAUGGGGCGCUCCUCCACAUGCUGGAGCCGGUGUCGGCUUAGAAAGACUUGUUAUGCUUAUUCUCCAACUGGGUAACAUCCGCCUGGCCUCGAUGUUCCAUCGGGAUCCAAAGUCAUUCCCACCCAAGCCCGCGGUUGAGAAACUACCACAUCCAGAAGCAGAUACAACCAAACCGGCUUGGAGAAAGGAAGAUGGCAGCAUGCUGAGUAUAGAGGAGAGAGAGAUGCCUUCGUUGUAUGACCUUGUUGCUAAUUAUGGCGACGCCACUUCCACGUCCUGGGGCGACGAACGAUACCAGAUCUGGCGAGACAUUCACACUGGUGCAGCGGUGGCAUAUGUUCCAUCCAAUAGUUUCGCCAUUAUGCCUGGAAACCCUCUUUGCGAUCCAAGCCAGUAUCUUCGCAUCAUCUCAAAUUUCCUCCGGUGGCUCCACAAAGAAACCAAACUCAAGCCCAUCUGGAUCCUUUGCAGCCGUGAGGUUGAAGAAGUCCUGGGCGAGCGGCUUGGCUGGAAGACGCUUACCUGCGUUGCUGACGAACGCGUUGACCCAAGCAGAAACCCUGCCGUCACUGAUUGUGAAGUGGCACGUAAAAUCCGUCACGCCCAAUCGGAAGGUGUGAAGAUCACCGACCUGCCUGCGGGUCAGCCCGUUCCAGAUCAGAUCAAGGAGCAAGCCAAUGCGCGCGUUCAAGACUGGCUGGCUAACCGCAAGGGCACGCAAAUCCAUCUGUCCCAAAUCGACCUCUUCCGCGAUGAAGCGCACCGUCGAUACUUCUACGCCGAGGACAAAAGUGGCCAGAUCUGCGGUAUCGCCGUUCUCGCUAUGCUCGCACCCCGCUACGGCUGGCAAGCGAAGUACACGCUCGACUUCCCCGGUGCACCAAGCGGCACAAUCGAGUAUAUCACCACACAUGCUAUCUCUGCGGCUGCCGCAAGCGGCAUCAAAAGCCUGACCUUUGGCGGCGGGGCAACGGAUCAUCUGAUCCCUGGCCAUCACCUGAGCGGCAGAAAAGUCAAGCUAUUGCAGCAUGCCUUCGAUACCACAGUCAAGCAGUUCAAUUUGUCGAGGAAGAGUGAAUUCAGAGCCAAAAUGGGUGCGGUCGAGGACUUGCUCUGGAUUGCUUAUCCGCCGCAUGGACUUGGCACGAAGGGGAUCAAGGCUAUCAUGAAUUUCUUCCAGGAUUAG